CCGGGGUCUGGCGCUUUUCACUGGUCCCUGGUUUAUCGGGUGUCAACUACUUGUCCGGCGGGAAGUCCGGAAAGGCACCAGCACGGCGAUAUGGACAGGAGGACCCUUGAGGAAAUGGCUUCUCCUAUAGUUCGGGAUGUGGAGAUCUCCAGAACUGCACGUCGCCAAAGCUCCAACAAGAGAGUCUCCAUUGACGAUAACUGGAGUGGUGCUACCCCAUCCAGAGGUUUGAUCUCUCGAACACCAGGAUCCUUACUCCGACAGAACUUGACACCACAUCCCAAGAGUGCUACAAGGCUACCAGAUGUGUCAGCCAUCUUAGGAACAGCAACAAAGUCUCCUCGAUUGGUUCAGACGCCUGGGCGCUUGGGAAACAUCUCAGUGAUGUCAAACCUGGAUGAUAGCGUUUGGUCGUCCUCUUACUCACCUCAGCGCACUGGAAUGUAUACUACAGUUGACUCUCCAAGCUUUACCGAAGAUGUUACACUCAGUGCUGUUAUGCUCCGUGAGGAGGAUCCUGGAGAAGCAGCAACUUUAAGUAUGUAUCCUGAGUUUCUUGACUCCUUCCUGAAGCAUUCUUCCAAUACGGUCUUUGACCUAAUAGAAGAGUAUGAAACUACUUGCAGUGAGCAGGUUAAGAUGCUAAAAAAAAUUGCCAGACGUGUUACUCCUGGGCAACAAAAAUUUUCCAAAACUGCCAGCAUCUUGUGGCUGCUUCAGCAAGAAAUGGUUACAUGGAGGCUUGUUGCAUCUCUGUACAGGGAUCGGAUCCAGUCUGCCAUUGAGGAUGAAAAUAUGUUUGAGAUUGUUGCUCCAAAUGCUAGCGAGAAGAUGAUUGUUGAAAAACUCUUUCAAAGAGAUGCUCUCGUUCGUCAGAGUCAGCUGGUUGUCGACUGGCUGGAAAGCAUAGCUAAGGAUGAGGUGGGCGACUUCUCGGAUAAUAUUGAGUUUUAUGCCAAAUCUGUUUACUGGGAAAAUACUCUUCAUUCAUUGAAACAAAGAAAUGUUUUAUCUGUGGGAGGAAGUGGUCGCCCAAUGGUAUCAGAGUUGGACCCCGAUGCCCCCAUUAGGCAGAAAAUGCCUUUGGAUGAUCUGGAUCGAGAAGAUGAUAUAAGACUCCUCAAAUACCUCUUUGCACUUAUUAGAGCUGGGAUGACUGAGGAGGCACAACGUUUGUGUAAACGAUGUGGACAAGCCUGGAGAGCUGCAACUCUGGAAGGAUGGAAAUUGUAUCAUGAUCCUAAUAUAAAUGGAGGCACAGAACUUGAGCCAGUGGAAGGAAAUCCGUACCGUUGUGUUUGGAAAGCUUGUUGCUGGCGUAUGGCUGAAGAUGAGCAGUUCCAUAGAUAUGAAAGGGCAAUAUAUGCAACUCUUAGUGGGAAUCUUAAACAGCUUCUCCCUGUCUGUGAUACCUGGGAAGACACAGUGUGGGCCCAUUUUAGAGUCAUGGUGGACAGCUUAGUAGAGCAAGAGAUCAGAGCAUCCUUCAUAUCGGCUAGUGAGAUUGAUGAGCUACCCAGAGAGUACAUGGAAACAAACUGGACUUUAGAGAGAGUAUUUGAGGAACUACAGGCCACAAAUAAAAAGAGGGUCUUAGAGGAAAAUAAAGAACACUACCAUACAAUACAGAAGUACAUCAUUCUAACAGAUAUAGACGGUUUAAUGGAUGAAUUCAAUGAGUGGUUGUCGAAGGGAAAGAAUCUGCUACUCGGUCACCUGUUGCGCUUCAUGACACACCUCAUAUUGUUCUUCCGAACACUGGGUUUGCAAACUAAGGAGGAAGUUUCCGUGGAAGUAUUAAAGGCCUACAUACAGCUCCUUAUAAAUGAAAAGCACAUUAACCUGAUUGCUUUCUAUGUCAUGCACCUACCUCAUGACUUGGCCAUUGCUCAGUAUGCUGGUUUUUUGGAGAAUGUCACUGAACGGGAGCAGCGUCACCAUUGUCUGGAACUUGCCAAGGAUGCAGGUUUGGAUGUUGCAACAAUAACAAAAACAGUUGUUGAGAACACACGCAAGAAAGAUGCAGGUGAAUUUGCUCAUCAUGACAUCGUACCAGCCCUAGAUUCUGGCACCUCUGAGGAGGACCGCAAAAAGAUUGAUGUCAUAGACUGGCUUGUAUUUGAUCCUGCACAGAGAGCAGAAGCUUUGAAGCAAAGUAAUGCAAUCAUGCGGAAAUUUUUAGCAUCAAAAAAACAUGAAGCUGCGAAGGACGUAUUUGCCAAGAUUCCUCAGGAUUCAAUAGCAGAAAUCUAUAGUCAGUGGGAAGAGCAGGGGAUGGACAGUCCACUUCCAGCUGAAGAUGACAACGCAAUCCGGGAACAUCUCUGUAUAAGAGCCUACUUGGAAGCCAAUGAAGCUUUCAAUGAGUGGUUCAAGCAGAUUAAUUCAGCACCUCAGAAGCCAGCUUUGGUGGGCCAGGCCUCGUUUACUGAGAAAGUGGCGCAUGAACAUAAAGAAAAGAAAUAUGAGAUGGAUUUUGGUAUUUGGAAGAAUCAUUUAGAUGCUCUAACAGCAGAUGUGAAAGAGAAGAUUUACAAUGUCUUGCUGUUUGUGGAUGGCGGUUGGAUGGUUGAUGUUAGAGAGGAUGCAGAAGAAGAUCCAGAACGUACACAUCAGAUGCAUUUGUUGAGAAGGCUAUGCCUGCCCAUGAUGUGUUUCCUGUUGCACACAGUGCUGCACAACACUAAACAAUAUCAAGAUUGCCUACGAUUGGCUGAUGUGAUCUCAUCUGAACGCCAGAAGCUUUAUGAGGUGUUUUCAAAGUCUGAAUUAAAGAAUCUUCUACAGAAAUUGAGAGAAUCUUCUCUAAUGUUGUUAGAUAAACAACUUGAUCCAUUGGGAUAUGAAAUCCAGCAAUGAUUUCACUGCCUCAAAAUGAUUUCAUAUUAAUGAAGCUGACAUUAGUAUUUGUAAAGCUAGUUAUAAUAAUAAAACUAUUUUUUGUACUUGUCA